AGGAGUGGCUAUGGGAGUGUCCGAUGGCUGGACUCUUUUUAAACAUGAGCUUGAACUUGAAGAUGCUCUGGACCGUAGAGACUGCAGCCAAGGAGUGCGGCGGAUCUUCAGGGACACUGAGAAACGAGAAGCACCAAAGAUGGGGGGCGUCCAGAGCUUCAGGGAAAUGUGUGAUCGCACAAAGAAUCCUAAUGUUCGUAUGAGUCUGCCAGCAGUGUGUGUGGUGUGGCAAACUGCUAUGAUCAUCCUGCAUGGGGUUUUUAUUCGAUAUGAUGAAGAAUCAGACGCUCACUGGGUUGAGCACAGAGAUCAUAAAAAUUUGACAGAUAUACAGAAUGACUUCUACUUCAGAUAUCCAAGUUUCCAAGAUGUACAUGUGAUGAUCUUUGUUGGGUUUGGUUUCCUGAUGACGUUUCUGAAGCGUUACAGCUUCGGAGGAGUGGGUUUCAACUUUUUGAUUGCCGCCUUUGGCCUCCAGUGGGCACUGCUAAUGCAGGGCUGGUUCCACUCCCUGGACUACACAGAUGGGAAGAUCAAAAUUGGAGUGGAAAGCCUAAUUAAUGCAGAUUUCUGUGUGGCCGGCUGUCUGAUCGCAUAUGGAGCUUUGCUGGGAAAGGUCAGCCCCGUCCAGUUGAUGGUUUUGACUUUGUUCGGGAUAACACUGUUUGCUGUGGAGGAAUUUAUCAUCCUAAAUCUCAUCCAUGCAAGGGAUGCUGGGGGCUCCAUGGUUAUCCACACCUUUGGAGGUUACUAUGGACUCGCCAUAUCAUGGAUGCUCUACCGGCCCAACCUGGACCAGAGCUCACGCUUGCACGGCUCUGUCUACCAUUCAGAUGUCUUUGCUAUGAUUGGUACCCUCUUCUUGUGGAUGUUCUGGCCAAGUUUCAACUCCGCUAUAACAGAUCAUGGCGACGGGCAGCACAGGGCGGCCAUCAACACCUACCUGGCUUUGGCUGCAACCGUGCUCACCACAUUUGCUGUUUCGAGUCUGUUUCAGAAACAUGGGAAACUAGAUAUGGUUCACAUCCAGAACUCAACACUUGCUGGAGGUGUUGCAGUAGGAACAGCAGCUGAGUUCAUGCUGAUGCCCUAUGGAUCUCUCAUCGUUGGCUUCUGCUGUGGUAUUCUUUCCACACUUGGAUACAUAUACAUCACUCCUUUCAUGGAGAAAUACAUGAAGAUCCAAGACACAUGUGGAAUUCACAAUCUCCAUGCCAUGCCAGGGGUUAUAGGCGGUAUAGUUGGAGCCAUCACUGCUGCUGCAGCAUCAGAGUCAGUCUACGGCAAGCAGGGGUUGAUCAACACUUUUGACUUUGAGGGGGCUUUCAAGGACAUGGUGCCAACGAAGCAGGGAGGUCACCAGGCUGGAGGCCUCUGUGUGGCAAUCUGCUUUGGCAUAGGAGGAGGCCUGAUUGUUGGUGCAAUCUUGAGAUUACCAAUCUGGGGAGAUCCUGCAGAUGACAACUGCUUUGAUGAUGAACCUUACUGGGAGUUGCCAGAAGACGAAGAGAGCAUCCCACCAAUCCUGCACUACAACAACCACAUGCGGGGCAAAGACGUUGCUGACACGCAUUUCACCAUGGAGCCAGAUGCCAGGUCCCGAUCAUGAAUGGCUCUUUGACUCGAUCAACUGUUACCCUUUCUUUGAUUUCUCUGUUGGACCCAGCUCCCUCUCCAAACAACAUGGAGAAGAAAUAUAAAAAAAAAAAAAAACAUUUGAAUACUCUGGGUUUGUACCUCAUAUUGUCUCAACUUAGAAGUAUAAGGUAAAUGUAAUGAUAUGAGGUUUGUUCUUUUUUUUUUUUUUAAAUACUCAUGUUCUGUUAUUAUCUCCAGAGAUAAAUAUCAGUUUUUCAUUUUACACAAAAGUAAGACUUCCUUUAAGUUUAUAAAAAAAAACUGUAAGUUUCUCUAUGUUGUCAUUUAUUUACAGUCAAAACUUAUUCCUUAUUUGUCAUUUGUUGUUGUUUCUAUUUCUUCAUGUUGAUUUUUUUACUCAUUUAAAAAGGAAAAUGUUUAUUAUGUUACUGAUUGUGGAAGCCAUAGAAUAAUAUAACAGUUAAAAACUAAGUGAUGCUGGUUAACUGGUUAAACUUUCCUUUAACUCUGCAUAUAGUAGUUAUAUAUUAAUUUUGUUGAUGCUUUAUUAAAAAAAAACAAUACAA